AUGUCAAACUCUACAGUUUCUAUUAAUUUUAAUCUAAUAUCUACCAUUCUUUCUGCUUUUGCUGAUAGUAUUGCUAUCGUAAUUUGUCUUAUUUUUUUAUUUAUUAUUCUUUAUCAUCUUAUUCAAAUUAAAUAUAAUCAAUAUCAAGUACCAAUUGAUGUUACCUUAAUUCUUUCUACUAAUAUUCUAUGUGUUAUUAUUAUCAAAAUUACCGUACAAACUAUUCAUGUAACUAUUCCAACAGUCUUGCAAGAUUUUCAAAUAAAUAUUAAAUAUAAGAAAACACGUUUUUGUCAAAUUCGUGCCUAUAUAUUCUAUUCAAUGGUAGGAAUUUUAUAUUGGAGCUAUGUACUUCUUGCACUCUUUCGUUUUGUUCGAAUUAUUUAUCCAAAACAACUGUGGUUUCAUCGAUCAUCUUUCUAUCUCUACAUACUUAUUCCAGCUCAAUACAUAUUCGUAUUCGUUCUUACGCUUCCAUUAUUAAUCAUAUUCGACGGAUUGCAUUACAUUUCAAAUGAACCUUAUUGUAGUAUUGUACUUACACCUAUUUAUCCUAUAAUAUAUGGAAUGACUAUAAUUUUCGUUUUGCCAUACAGUGCUAUGUGUAUAUUAUAUCUUUGUAUUGCUCGAAAAAUGCACCAGAUGCCAAUAGUAGGACAAUAUUUAAGGCGUAAUCGUCGAGAUUAUAUGGUUAUACGUCGUAUGCUGUUAAAUAUAUUUAUACUCUUUAUUGUAUCAAUUCCAGUUUUUAUUAUUUAUAUCAUUGAGAGUAUUUAUAAUCGUUCAGAUUCACUUAUUUAUCGUGUUCAAUGGUUGUUAUCAUCUUUAAGUUCUUGUUUAUUUUCUCUUAUGCUUCCAUUAAUUACUGUAAGACUGCAUGAUUUGUUAAAAUAG